AUGGCUGCUACUGCUACUGCCCGGAGUGUUCAUCUCGUUCCUGGGGAGCACACUGGGAUCUUCUCCGUUCCUGCUGCUGCUGCUGCUGCUGCUGCAGACUCGAAGACUGCAUCAGUGGGGAUCACGGAGGCCUCGGCGCGCAUGGCGAGUGAGGUCUUGCAGGAGGAUCUGGAGAAGCACCAUGUUAUCUUUAACGAGUCUGGGUUUCAUAAUCACAUCGUCCAUCAUAUCUUGAGCAUGUACGCCCUCGGUGCGUCGGCGGAUGAGAUCCGCGCGGCCUACGAGCGGGAUAAAGCCUACCAACGCAAGGCAAUCCCCGUCGACGAGGCGGUCGUGGCCUCGCUCUCGGAUCCCAGCCGGUUCUUGGAGUUGUUGGGCAAGGGGAAGCAGUACUCCAAUUUCCUGAGUUUCUUCCAGCGGGAGAUUGAGCAGGUAGGGGUGGAGGGGGUGCUGAAGGAGUAUCUGUUCAAGAAUGGAGAUGAUCAAGUAGCCAAGGAGAUGUUGGGGCGGUUGUUUGGGGGCCUCGUUCAUCCUUUUAUUCAUUUCGGGUUCGGAAUUGAGUUUGAACAACCGGCGAUUGUCGCCGAGGCGUUGGCCCAGACCGCCGUGCAUGAGGACUGGACGGGCCCCCGGUUCUUCUGGCCGGCCGAGGAGCGCGCGGGCGGGGUGGGUCACCGUGGGGAGAAGAGUAUGUUGGAGAUUCUAGAGGAGAUGCGCCGGGACGAGAAGCUGGCGCGGUCGGCCCACUGGGAGGAUGGGAAUAAGAUGCGCGAUGGCGUGUUGGCCCGCGCGGGAGAGGAGAUGCUCAAGUAUGCGGCCGAGUAUACGGUCUCGGCUGAACAAUUGGAGGAGAAGGUCGCGGAGAUGAUCAAUACGGUCGUGUACUAUACUAGCGCCGCCCAACGCCCCUCCAAGCAGAUCAAGUUCGAUUUCUUCUUCCUCCACAGCCUCAAUUCGUCCAUCUUCUUCUCCAAGAUCAUCGCCCUUCCUUUCCUGGAUACCAGAACCAAGCUGCGUCUGCUGGAAUGGAAGGGCCGGCUGGACCUUAUGCUCUACAUCUCGCGCGGCACGCCGGACCUCUACCUCGACGAGCUCCGGACCUACCCAACCGCACAUAGCUGGGAAGAGAUCUUCGCCUACUGCACCCAGCAGGUGGAAGAUGACGGCCACCUGGUGAAGCUGGUCCGUGCUCUAGCGAACGGGGAACGGGCGUGUCGUCCGUUCGAGAAUCAGCACAAGUGGCCGAUCACCGGGGAUAUGUGGCUGCGGAUUGCCAAUAUGGCCAUGGACUCAACGUCCAACCUCGAUCAAGCCAUGUGGGUCCGAUCCACCGGGUUUGACCAAGCCUGGCGCGAGUUCGAGGGACGAACCAAGCUAUAG